CACCCUCUCGUUCAUCCGCCACCGCGAUGAUCAGUGAGAAACGUGUCCAACGUGUCCCGGGAACCGUGCGAGGCCGACUCCGGCUGUUGACUGGCGCCGUGCUGCUGUCGACGAUCGCGGGAAGUGCAUGGACCGACAAUCCCCUCACAUCCGAGGGACCGAGCUUCACCGCGCCAAUAACAAACGUGACGGUCCCAGUGGGAAGGGAAGCUAUCCUCUCCUGCGUCGUCGCAAACCUUUCUACGUACAAGGUGGCAUGGCUGCGGGUGGACACGCAAACCAUCCUGACGAUAGCCAAUCACGUGAUAACGAAGAAUCACAGAAUCGGCGUCACGCACAGCGAGCACAAAACGUGGCUGCUGCACAUACGCGAUGUCCGCGAGAGCGAUCGAGGGAACUACAUGUGCCAGAUAAACACUGACCCGAUGAAGAGUCAGAUUGGUUAUUUGGAGGUUGUAGUUCCGCCGGAUAUUUUGGAUUAUCCCACGAGUACGGAUAUGGUAGUGAGAGAAGGUAGCAACGUCUCGCUGCGUUGCGAAGCAACAGGGUCGCCGAAGCCAAACAUCACCUGGAGGAGAGAAGACAGCGAGUUGAUUAUCCUCGGGAACAGUCAGGAAGUGCCCACCGUUGACGGAUCAAUCUUCAAUAUCACGAAAGUGAACAGAUUGCAGAUGGGAGCGUAUCUUUGCAUUGCGACCAACGGUGUACCGCCAUCGGUCAGCAAACGAAUUUUGCUUCUUGUACAUUUUACUCCAAUGAUUUGGAUCCAGAAUCAAUUGGUAGGUGCCCAAGAAGGCCAGCAGAUGACGUUAGAGUGUAACUCCGAAGCAUAUCCAAAAUCCAUCAAUUAUUGGACGAGAGACAACAUCAUCAUAACGAACGGGGAGAAGUACGUGCUGUCUUUCUCAGACAAUGUUUACAAAGUGCAUAUGAAGCUCAUGAUACGUUCCGUUGCGAUGAGCGACUACGGCAGCUAUAAAUGCAUAUCUAAAAACUCCCUUGGCGAAACGGACGGCAAUAUCAAGCUCUAUCACAUACCGACGCCCACUACGGAACCAACGACGACGAGCACAAUGCCCGUUCCUACCACCGUAGAAUCAGUGGACAAUACACAGUGGAAAAUACUGCGGCAAAAGCCUGUGCCCAGUCUAGAGCCAAGCUCUAAUGAAAUAACCGACGCAUCUUUGUCGACUGUCGUCAAAAGCGAAGAGACGCGCAACAAACCGAGCCAGGAGGAGAAUGAGGGAGAAAAUGUCAUCGACACGCACAGCCAUAAAAGUGCCGAAGAUGAUGUCAAACAGCGAAGGAUGGACAACACAGCGCAGUCCAUGUCAUCUAAAAGCAGCACGUGGCAUUGCGUGACGCGAGUCAGCGCGGUGAUUUGCAUAAUAGUGCUCUCCGCUCUGUCGUAGUCGUCGCGACAUGGGGAUGAUUGAUUGAAGUCCUUCCAGCUUCAGGAUAAAAUAUUUCCUCAUCCGUGCAAGGGAUCAAUUAAUCGACGAGUUAAGGGUGACUAAUACAGAUUUAUUGGAGGGUCCGCAGAGCUAUAUUGACAGGCAUACGUCGAAUGGGGAGGAUGAUUAUCAUAGUGAGACUAUGAACUUAUCUCGUCUUUGUUAGAUAAAUCAAAUUUUACGAGAAACUCACUUAUACACGGUUGUAAUAAGUUGCGUCGCACACGUUCGGCAUUCAGCUUUUUAUAUUGUUAUACCGGAAUGCACUUAGAUACUUUUGGAAAAAAGCAAAUGAUAUUGCCAACGCGAAGGCUCUUAUUCCCUCCCAGCGUGAAUGUGCAACCUGAAUUAUUUCCAGUCUUCAUAAAUUAUCACGAAAUCUAUCAACGUUGUAAUUUAAAUCAAGUUCAGUAUUAUUAUCAAUAAUUUAAAUUUAUUCGCGGCUUGUGUCAAGUUACUGAGUGACGAGAGAUAUGUAAUUAACGUAAUUGGUGUGGAAAAAUACGCAAUAUUUGCAGUAUAACAUUAACAGACUAUUCAUUCGUCCGGUUUUUACGUAUCGACCGAAUGUUUACCUUUAAUUUCAUCAGAAAUCUUUCCGCUGUUUUGAAAGCGAUUGAUUAUCAUUCCGUCUUCGACGUGUCAAUGAACGUUUCAUCGAAAGGUAUCUGCAAGUACUUUUUAGGAAUGACGACAGCGUGACGACGAUUUUUCUUAUCUGAUUCUGCCUUGAUCAAAUCCUUUUUCCAAUCUUUCUUUCAUCGGUAGAAAUGCUUUCAAAUCGCGCGCAUCGUUAGCGAAACGAGAUCUCCCAAUUUCCUUCAAAGAGGUCGACUGAUUUACCGUUUCAUGUCCGACCGGCUUACCGGGCUUUGAUUCCUGUAUCCGAAUCGUAACGAUAUUGCAAAGAAAAUCAAUCAGAGCAAUAUUUUUUUUACAAAACCUGCAUAUAUAUAUAUAUAUAUAUAUAUAUAUUGUAAAAAAAAAUAUAUAUAUAUAUCUGUAUCUAUUUGUUAUUUAAUUUGCUUAUAUACAUCAAAGCGUUCACUGCAUUUUUAUUUUUCAAAAUUACCAUAAUUUGCAAUUACGAAAAUAUCACAAUUCGAUAUUAAAUGGAGGCAAAAAUUUCUCGUGGGAUUAAAUAUUGCGUUAAAUACACUCAUAGUCGUUUUAUCAUUUAUUCAUACGUUUUCCGAACGUGAGAUAAAAAAUUCAUGGUCUACUCGAUUAAUAAA